GUUGGUCUUCUCCUUCUGCAAUAGGGAUAGCUGGCCUUGGUGGUGGAUUUGAAAUUGGAAUUGAGGUGUCAGAUUUAGUAAUAAUACUGAACCAUGAAAGAGCAGUUGAAGCUUUUGCAAAAGGUGGCAAUCUUACACUUGGAGGAAAUUUUACAGUGGCAAUUGGGCCUUUGGGGAGAAAUUUAGAAGGUGAUGUUGCCGUACGAAGCUCAGCUGCUGUCUAUACAUACUGCAAAUCACGAGGGUUGUUUGCAGGGGUAUCUUUAGAAGGAACAUGUUUAAUUGAAAGGAAAGAAACUAAUCGCAAAUUUUAUGGUCAAGAUAUUCGAGCUAGUGCCAUUUUAUUUGGUGAUGUACCUCAUCUUACUCAAUCAGAAGAUCUGCAUAAAAUUCUGGAUUCCUUUACUGAACAAUAUGAAAAUGAGGAGCAGAAAAACAAUGCAAGGAAAGCAGCAAGGGAACAAAGGAAGGCUAAUGAUCCACCUGUUAAACCAUCAUCAAGGCCACAGUCACCUGUGAAAAAUCCACACAAACUUUAUCCUGAACUUCCCAAUUACCAUGCCACUGAGGAGAAUUGGAGUAAACCUGUGGAAGUGACAGCACUUUAUUCAUUUGAAGGACAGCAACCAGGUGACUUGAAUUUCAAAGCUGGAGAUAAAAUCAUUGUCAAAACGAAAACAAAUUCACAGUUUGACUGGUGGGAAGGAAGCAUCCGAGGACAAACUGGCAUCUUCCCAGCCAAUUACGUUACCACGAACUGUAACUAAAAUGCAUUCAGUGGCCUUAAUAUUUUUUUUUCUAAACUUCUUUUCUGAAAUUAUCCACUGGAUGAUGUACAAUCAAUUUACAAUUUGUAUUUUUAACAAAAUGUCCUAUAAAAAUGUUUUUAUUCUGCUUCCAAUUACAACAAAUUUUUUAGAGUCGAUUUUUGUAUGGAAAGAAUUAUAAAUAUAAAAAGAUAUAUUAGAAGAAUAUUUUGAUUUUAAUAAGUUAUUUUGUCUCUAAUGUUCUCUUUCCUUAAUCCAUAAUAAAUAUUCUCUAAUAAACUCUAUUCAAGCUACCUAUCCGUUGU